AUGUUUAAAAAAUUUGAUAUAUUUUCUUUAUUUUUUCUAUUACUCUUAAUUAUAUCUACAAUUGCCUUACCGUUAGAAAAUUAUGAAAAAUUUAAAAUAAAAAAAGUUAGGAUGGCAACAACAGAUAUGCCACAUCAACCAGCUGUUCCACCAAGUUUAGAAAAAGACAUAAUCCAUCCAACUCAAUCACUUCUAGAAAUUUCCAAAAAAUCUACAAUACCACCUCAUAAUAUUCAAACACAGCUUUUGUCAUUUGUUUAA